GUUGCUCUCUCGCAUCUCAAGAGGGUCUCCGAUUUUCUGGAGAAGCAAGCGGAUUGUUUCUUUCUCACCGAGUAACAUUUUUUAAGGUGCUUCCCAGUUUAAAGACCUGAUCCUUCACUAUGUUGAGAUUACGGAUCACCAACUCCGCAGUCUUCACACUCAUCAGUGGGUUAGCACUGGUCUUCUUAUACUCCUGGCAGGGUGGCGUCAGCCCCCAGGCUGAGGAGCAGAAUGGCAAAGUCCACGUUCUGAUCCUGUCCUCCUGGCGCUCAGGCUCCUCCUUCGUGGGACAGGUCUUCAACCAGCACCCGGAUGUGUUCUAUCUAAUGGAGCCCGCCUGGCACGUGUGGGUCAGCAUGUACCAGAACAGCGCCAGCACGUUGCGGAUGGCGGUCCGGGACCUCAUCCGAUCAGUCUUCCAGUGCGACAUGUACGUCUUUGAUGCCUACAUGCCCGAAAAGCGUAACGUGACGCAUCUGUUCCAGUGGUCAGUCAGCCGUGCGCUUUGCUCGCCGCCUGCAUGUGUCCUGUACGAGCGGGAGGAGAUCAGCAACGAGAUGACCUGCAAGAAGAUGUGCAACAAGACUCCGUUCGAGAAGGUGGAGGAAGCCUGCAAGUCCUACAGCCACGUGGUGUUGAAAGAGGUACGCGUCUUUGACCUGGAAACCCUCUACCCUCUUCUCAAAGACCCGUCCCUCAAUCUCAAAAUCAUCCACCUCAUCCGAGACCCGAGGGCGGUGGUCAAGUCCCGUGAACAGUCGAUGAAGGCCUUCAUGCGGGACAAUGGCAUUGUCCUCAACACCAAAGGUGUUCAAGUGGUAGACGCCCACUACCGGGUGAUGCGGGAAAUCUGCCGGAGCCACGUCCAGAUUUACGAAACAGCCACUCAGAAAGCACCCAGCUUCUUAAAGGGCCGAUACAUGAUGGUGAGAUAUGAUGACCUCGUACGGGACCCACUUGCUGAAAUUUCAGCGAUGUAUAAGUUUGCAGAGUUAACCUUGACCCCUAAGCUUAAAUCUUGGAUAUAUGAUAUCACACACGGCAAAGGCCAUGGGAAUGAGCAGGCCUUUCUAACCACCUCUCGCAAUGCAGUGAACGUCUCGCAGGCCUGGAGAGUCGCGCUGCCGUACGAGAAGGUUGCUAAAAUACAGGAGGUCUGCAAAGGGGCGAUGAACAUGCUGGGCUACCAACUAGUGGGGUCUGGCAAAGAACAGAAGCGACUGUGGCAGGAUAUGUUGUUGCCAAGGAAACAAUACAAGUUCACUUGGUUACCCUCCAAGACAACAGAUACAUUAAAAGAUUAAGUUUUGUGGACCUGUCAAAGUUAUUUGAGAUUUCUUUUAACUGUUUACUUUUUUAUUUUUAUUAUUUAAUGUGCUCAGUUAUUUGACCUCCAAUUUGGAAUGUCCAAUCAUUUUUUUCUGCUCAUCGCAACCAGUCCUCACACAGCUCAGGGGAAUUGAAGGUUCAGCGGGUGUCCUCCGAUCCCACGACCGAGCCAGCUUCCUCUUUUACACCCAGGAGAGUGGAUAUCAGUGAGUUACCAACCUCUGGAGGACAAAGGCCAGCCCUGCAGGUGUCUGCUUUUGAGCCAGCAAGGUUCACUCUAGUGCUAUAAGGAGAGACAGAGUCCCUGCCAGAUUUGCGCCUCUAACCCAUGGGAGCGCUAGAACAA